GCGGCUUCCCGGUCUGUUUUAAUUCCGCUCCUUUCGUUGUUUGUGUAGCGGGGCCACCCCGUUCCCGGCCUGGGGUCGCGGCGUGCCCUGGACUAGGGCACCUCGCGGGGGCCUGUGGGCUGGUGGUGGGACCCUGGUGUCCCCGAAGGCCUUUCUCCCGAGAAACCGUCACCAGGGAGGGCGCCCCAGCACUCCCCGGGCCACCGGGUAACUUCGGGCUUUCUUAACUCCAGGACUUGGGGGCCCGAGGCCUUGGCUGCGCCCGACCUGGUUCCGUCCGGCUCUCGGUAACUUCCCGCUGUUCUGAAAAUAAGAAGGGUUCUCCUUUGGUCGCCUGUCACUGCAGCCAUGGCUGCCAUGCAGAUGGAUCCUGAGCUUGCCAAGAGCCUCUUCUUUGAAGGGGCCACUGUGAUCAUCCUGAAUAUGCCCAAGGGGACAGAGUUUGGCAUUGACUACAACUCCUGGGAGGUGGGGCCCAAGUUCCGGGGUGUGAAGAUGAUUCCACCAGGCAUCCACUUCCUCCACUACAGCUCUGUGGACAAGGCCAAUCCCAGGGAUGUAGGCCCUCGAAUGGGCUUCUUCCUUUGCCUGCAGCAGCGGGAGCUGACGGUCCUGCGCUGGAACUCAGUCCAGGAAGAGGUAGACCUUUCCCCAGCCCCAGAGGCUGAGGUGGAGGCCAUGAGGGCCAACCUCCAGGAUCUAGACCAGUUUCUGGGACCUUACCCAUAUGCCACGCUCAAGAAGUGGAUCUCACUCACCAACUUCAUCAGCGAGGCCACAAUGGAGAGGCUGCAGCCCGAGAGCCGGCAGAUCUGUGCCUUCUCAGAGGUGUUGCCUGUGCUCUCCCUGAAGCACACCAAGGACCGGGUGGGGCAGAAUCUACCCCGCUGUGGCACCGAGUGCAAAAGCUACCAGGAAGGCCUGGCCCGGCUGCCUGAGAUGAAGCCCAAAGCCGGGACAGAGAUCCGCUUCUCCGAGCUUCCCACACAGAUGUUCCCAGCAGGUGCCACACCAGCAGAGAUAACCAGGCACAGCAUGGACCUGAGCUAUGCCCUGGAGACUGUGCUCAGCAAGCAGUUCCCCAGCAGCCCCCAGGAUGUACUCGGUGAACUUCAGUUUGCCUUUGUGUGCUUCCUGCUGGGGAACGUGUAUGAGGCUUUCGAGCACUGGAAGCAGCUCCUGAACCUCCUGUGCCGCUCUGAGGAAGCCAUGGUGAAGCACCACACUCUCUACGUCAACCUCAUCUCCAUCCUGUACCACCAGCUCGGCGAGAUCCCCCCCGACUUCUUUGUGGACAUUGUCUCCCAGAACAACUUCCUCACCAGCACGUUACAGGCUGUUUCCUGGUUCCCUCUCCUACUCGAUUGAAGCUCCUUGAUGCCGGAUACCCUUUCUCUGUACCACCCUCUCCCCACUUGCCCCCAGAGUGCCUAGCACUGGAGUACUUGGAAUUUGAAUCACCUCCACCCCUUUGAGUUACUCAGCUCAAAACAGUUUUUCCUUUUCUCUGUAGCCAUAGCUGCAACCCAGGAGGACAGAGCUUGGAAGCUUGUUACUCCCAGGGAAACAUCUGCAGCUCUUUAGAUCUCAUUUCAGCAUUAAAGUAACUUUGAUUUCCUGUGUCAAACCAAAUGUGCCAGUUUCUGCAGAGAUUUUCUGAGGGAAAAAGUGAAAUUUGCUUUUAAGUUGGCAAUUAAAUUUUCAUUAUGAGUGGUAAUUAGGGAAGAAGCUUCAAAAAACUCACAAUCUUCAUCCUGUGUUAUUUCCUCCCUUUGCAAACAGAUUAGCUUCCUUUAUGUUCUUGGGACAGCCUCUGUCACUCACAUUUCCUAACUUUCUCAAGUUUAGAAGAGGCAGAGCUGCAAACUGUCAGUUUCCAUAUUUUCUGGUCCAUGAACUGCUUUUUCCUCCCUGUCUGUGAGACCCCCACAAGCCCUGCUCCUUACAAGGUGGCUGUUCACUGACCUCCCUCUCACUCCCACGCAGGAUAAGGGACUGAACAUUCAUUAAGUGCCUGUUGGGUAUCAGGCACCAUGUUUAUCAUACUAGAUGGGUUUCCUCAUUUGAUUUCUCUGGAGCGCUGUAAGGCAGAGAGGAUUAUUCCAUUUCACAAAUGAGAACACAGACUCAGAAAGGUUAAGUAAUUUAUGUAAGUUCACACAGCUGGUAAGUGGCAGAGUCAGGAUUUGUACAUUUAUAUUCAGGCCUGCAUAUUGAAUACAAUGUAGCCCCCUACCCCCAAAGGAUUCCUGAUGGAUAGUAGUGGAGACACCAUCAUGCCUGUUUCUUAGAGGUGCAGAGCAUUUUUCUAAAACCAACGUACUGUUGGAAGAGUCCCUGCGGGCAGGCAGCUGGCUUGAAACUCUGGCAGCUGGAGGACUUGUGCAGACCAUGGGGAUGAGUCAGUCAAGCUGAUGGCUUGAAUCUGGUGUAUUCCACUUCAGAUGAAUUAUAAAACUGCCCUUUUAUUGGUUCUUAAUAUAAAAGAGAAAUUAAAUCCUUUUAUCCUUCCUCUGGGGGGAAAAUCCCCACCAAAGUUACUGGGUUGUGGGUUAUGGAAGAGUAGGAGGCAUCAGCCUGCUAACUUGCUUCUGGCAGUGGUUAUGGUCCAUAGGAAUAUGUGCAGCCCUCAUGAUGUGCAUUAAUGCUGUCGCACAAACAGGAGGGCCACACUGUUGCUGGCUGUUCUAACCAUUGUCGGCACAGCCAACAGCUGAGCUCUAAUUGCUGAGGCUUUGUUGCUAGCAAUGAUUUACGAAGUAGAAAGGGCCCAGCUGGAUGCCUCGGUGGGGUAUGAAAAGCUGAUGGGUGGAAGAAUUCUGCCUUUGGACUUUUCACCAAGAAAAUUUGAUGUCGUUAUUUGGAAAAAUCCAAAACACGUGCCUUUAAAAAAAAAAUAAAUCAACGCAUGUUUGUGAGCAUCCUUCUUUAACCCUUUGCGGUCG